AUGCCACUAAUACGUUCUGCAAACUUUAAUUUGUUCAUCGAAAUUGUUCUAAGGAUAAUUUUAGUAUCAGUUUUUUGUUAUAUGGAAACCAUGCAGCCGUUUACGCGUGUGAUACACAAACAAACCAUGGAAUGGGAGUACAUGUACCCGCGUCACGAGUCGUAUGUGCCGGCUGGAGCUUUGUGGGCAAUUGUCCUGUCAGUGCCGUGCACUCUAUCGCUCAUAGCCUGGGCUGGAUGUAAUGAUUGCAAUGAUGCUUUGGAGAUUCUUCUGGCAUGGUCCUUAUCUCUGGGCAUCAACGGAGUUCUCACGGAUAUGGUUAAAUUAAUAGCUGGUCGUCCCAGGCCAGAUUUCUUCUAUCGAUGUUUCCCUGACGGCAUAGAGACACCUGACUUCAAAUGUACAGGGGAUCCUGCAGAUAUUAUCGAGGGGAAGAAAUCAUUUCCUAGUGGGCACAGUAGUUUGUCGUUCUGUUCUCUCGGAAUGGCCUCCGCCUGGUUAUGCGGUCGCCUUGGAGUGCUGUCUCGUCGCAGAGGCUCAGGUCUUAGAGUGAUAACCUGCCUCGCACCUCUCAUGGUAGCCGCCUGCGUGGCGUUGUCAAGGACUUGUGAUUAUCACCAUCAUUGGCAAGAUAUUCUGGUGGGGUCAAUAUUGGGAUACGUCGUAGCCAUAUUCUGCUACAGACAGUACUAUAAUCCACUGUCAUCAGAAUUGGCCGGUAUCCCCUACAUAGUGUCUUCAGCGAAUUCCGCAAAAUUUUACAACGGGAAGCCGGAGAGUCCAGUUAAGGAUCUGAAAGAAGAGACACCUUUGCUGAACGGGAAAAAGGAUGAUAAAUGGAUUUAA